GCGGCGCCUGGCCCAGUUAUUUUUAAACACUGAAAUUACAGAUGUAAGGACAGCAUGUACUAUAUACUUUGUGCUUUAUACUUUAUUAUUACUAAAUGACAACAUUAAUAAGUAAUAAUUAGAUCCAAAACACGUACCUUAACAAAUGUCUAUAUAUCAAUAGAUUAUCUAGACACCGCUUUAAAUGUGCAGCUAUCACUUAAAAUCAACUGAUGGGUUCAAAAUAAUGUAAGAAUCUCAAGAUGGCAUACAAAUGCGCCCUGAAUGAUGAGAGUACAUGGUACUUUUUAUAGGAAGAUGUCACUAUCAACACAAAGCAUAUUUUUUAUUUAUUUAUUUAUUUUUAGACAGAGUCUCGCUCAGUCACCCAGGCUGGAGUGCAAUCUCCGCCUCCCGUGUUCAAGCGAUUCUCCUGCCUCAGCCUCCGGAGUAGCUGGGACUACAGGCACACACCACCACACCCAGCUAAUUUUUGUACUUUUAGUAGAGACAGGGUUUCAUCAUGUUGGCCAGGAUGGUCUUGAUCUCCUGACCUCGUGAUCUGCCCAUCUUGGCAUCCCAAAGUGCUGCGAUUACACGCAUGAGCCACCGCGCCCGUCUGAAAGCAUAUUCUUUUAAGGUUUGUUAUUGUUUUUCCAUGUAGCACUGACAGAUUUGUACUAAUUCUUUGCUUCUCUGGUUGCUAGAUAGCUUUAGAAUUGUCAGCUGAGGCUCUUGAAGAGCAAAACUAAACUACCUUAGUUGGCUUAGAUAGGGAAAUAAUCUGACUUUUAGGAUUAUUUGCAGUAUAAAUGAUUUCAAACACUAAAGGUUGACAAAGAAGCAUUUAUAGUUCACUGAGAAGGCUAUCUUAUUUCAGAUUCCAGGUAAGCAGAAUCACUUAAAUUUAAAAGAGCACGCUCUGUGUUGAUAUGCAAAACUUUGUUAAAGUAUACGUUUUGAUCUUUAAUUCAUUUAUUAGUUACAAAUGUUAUUUACUAUUUAGUAAGCACACGCAAAUGUGGUAAGCACUGCAUUUAUUAGGAAUACACUGUAAGGUUACAGGCAGUGUGGGUGUGGAUUUUGACUGUAUUUGAAGUUUUCUUACCUUGAAACUUACUUAGCACUUGUAAACCUAUACCAUAGAGUUUAGCCUUUAUUUCCUCUUAAGAGACUUGAAAAUUCUACACCAUCUAGUGUAGUGCUAAUCCUAAAGAAAACAACCAACGAUAAAGUGUUAAUUGUUGAUUGGUAUCACCCUAUGAUCAAUUGUUUUCACCCUAAGGCUCAAGUGAAACCAAACGGUUGGUCACUUUUUCGAUUUAGUAUUUUUUCAAUUUCUUAAAUCUCAGGAUAUUUUUAGUAGAUUUUGGAUGAGACAACAAGGAUCUCUGACGACCAUCAUUCUCAGAAAAUAUCUGGCAUCACCUCAAAUCUGGAUUUCGAACAUUACAGAGGGAUGAAUGAGGAGCAGUACCACUGGACUGAGGGCCUGGCCCACUUUGCCAUCUUGGUAUUCUUAAUCUUUGUCCUAGUUCCUGGCACGGUAAGAAUUUUCAAAUAAAUAAAUAAUUUUUGUAUUAAAAAAGUAGUAUUUAGUACCGAAUAUCUUCUAUAAUAUAGAAAAUUGAGUCAGCUUUCCCAGUAAUGAUUCUUUAAGUUGGCCUUCUGAAAUAUGAGAAAAUGUUACCCUGAUAGUCUCGAUGAUAUUUUGCACCAUGGGUAGGGUUGUACUUUAAAGUUAAAUGACUACAUAUAUUGUUUUUUGUUUUUGUCGAGGGACCUGAGAUGGGGCUAAUUGAAAACGUCUGGAGCUUAAAGACCCGUGCAGUUUACGCAGCAAGGAUAUUAUUGCUCUGAAUUUCAAUAAAUCAACAUUUCACUAUGUAUCGGCAAAGUCUACAGCCUUUAAAAAAUGACCAAUAUAGACGGAAUCAAAACCGAUGUAGUCCCAAAGCGGCACAGAGCUGUAUCUGCCAAAGCGUCCAUUUAAAUUCGUGCGUUCCAAGGAAAAUUACUGCUCCUUAGUUUCUAUCCAUUUGCAAAAGUUUAUGAUUUUUUCAGGCAUUCCUCACACCUGUUAGGUUAAAAUCAGUAACACUCUUAAAAAGAAAGCGAGAGACCGGAAAUGAUAUGAGAAUAGAAUUGGCCACUCCAGAGACAUCUGCAAAUGACACUCCAUUUUUUCUUCUCGCGCUGCAAAAUGUACCGGUAAACCGGACUUUCCGGGACUCGCUGGGUGGCCGACAUUUUCCCUAGCAGGAAUUUUACGUUUCCAAGAUCUGAAUGGAUGUUAACGGUCGGGCUAAAUGCCAGGCAGGUCUUCAUUGUCGAAUUAAACAGCGGUGGGAGCAAGCGGAAUAACCGAGUUCCCCUCCCGCACCUGAGUGCCGGCAGCGAGCCGCGAGCCGGGACCUGUCGCCCGCGGGAAGCCCCGGCCGCCCGACGAACAGCAUCUCCGGUUUCCGCCUCCGGCUCCGGCGCGGCUCCCCCGGCCCGCCUCUGCGUCAGGGACGCGGAAACCCCGUAGGAGCAGGGCGGGCGGGGAAAGCGAGGUUUAACUAACGCCGCAGCGAUAUUCUUCCGCCGCGAGGUAAAGAGUCCCAACCCAACCCGGGCCCUAGGAUUUCCAGCGACCCUGUAAUAUCGAGAAAUUACCACAUUUGGAUUUUUCUACCAACUUGCUUAGGAUUUUAUCCGAGGUAACGACCCCAGGAUCACAAUUUUGUAGCUGACCGAAGCACGGCGAGAAAAUUCCUCCGCAAGAAACGGGUUCCGGCCACGAGCCUAUAAAAAACGGGUGGCUGGGCGCUGCUGUCUUUUCAGUCGGGCGCUGAGUGGUUUUUCGGAUCAUGUCUGGUGGCUCCGCGGAUUAUAACAGCAGAGAACAUGGCGGCCCAGAGGGAAUGGACCCCGAUGGUGUCAUCGAGAGCAACUGGAAUGAGAUUGUUGAUAACUUUGAUGAUAUGAAUUUAAAGGAGUCUCUCCUUCGUGGCAUCUAUGCUUACGGUUUUGAGAAGCCUUCCGCUAUUCAGCAGAGAGCUAUUAUUCCCUGUAUUAAAGGGUAUGAUGUGAUUGCUCAAGCUCAGUCAGGUACUGGCAAGACAGCCACAUUUGCUAUUUCCAUCCUGCAACAGUUGGAGAUUGAGUUCAAGGAGACCCAAGCACUAGUAUUGGCCCCCACCAGAGAACUGGCUCAACAGAUCCAAAAGGUAAUUCUGGCACUUGGAGACUAUAUGGGAGCUACUUGUCAUGCCUGCAUUGGUGGAACAAAUGUUCGAAAUGAAAUGCAAAAACUGCAGGCUGAAGCACCACAUAUUGUUGUUGGUACACCCGGGAGAGUGUUUGAUAUGUUAAACAGAAGAUACCUUUCUCCAAAAUGGAUCAAAAUGUUUGUUUUGGAUGAAGCAGAUGAAAUGUUGAGCCGUGGUUUUAAGGAUCAAAUCUAUGAGAUUUUCCAAAAACUAAACACAAGUAUUCAGGUUGUGUUGCUUUCUGCCACAAUGCCAACUGAUGUGUUGGAAGUGACCAAAAAAUUCAUGAGAGAUCCAAUUCGAAUUCUGGUGAAAAAGGAAGAAUUGACCCUUGAAGGAAUCAAACAGUUUUAUAUUAAUGUUGAGAGAGAGGAAUGGAAGUUGGAUACACUUUGUGACUUGUACGAGACACUGACCAUUACACAGGCUGUUAUUUUUCUCAAUACGAGGCGCAAGGUGGACUGGCUGACUGAGAAAAUGCAUGCCAGAGACUUCACAGUUUCUGCUCUGCAUGGUGACAUGGACCAGAAGGAGAGAGAUGUUAUCAUGAGGGAAUUCCGGUCAGGGUCAAGUCGUGUUCUGAUCACUACUGACUUGUUGGCUCGCGGGAUUGAUGUGCAACAAGUGUCUUUGGUUAUAAAUUAUGAUCUACCUACCAAUCGUGAAAACUAUAUUCACAGAAUUGGCAGAGGGGGUCGAUUUGGGAGGAAAGGUGUGGCUAUAAACUUUGUUACUGAAGAAGACAAGAGGAUUCUUCGUGACAUUGAGACUUUCUACAAUACUACAGUGGAGGAGAUGCCCAUGAAUGUGGCUGACCUUAUUUAAUUCCUGGGAUGAGAGUUUUGGAUGCAGUGCUCGCUGUUGCUGAAUAGGCGAUCACAACGUGCAUUGUGCUUCUUUCUUUGGGAAUAUUUGAAUCUUGUCUCAAUGCUCAUAACGGAUCAGAAAUACAGAUUUUGAUAGCAAAGCGACAUUAGUCGUGAGCUCUUGUGAGGAAAGUCAUUGGCUUUAUCCUCUUUAGAGUUUAGACUGUUGGGGUGGGUAUAAAAGAUGGGGUCUGUAAAAUCUUUCUUUCUUAGAAAUUUAUUUCCUAGUUCUGUAGAAAUGGUUGUAUUAGAUGUUCUCUAUCAUUUAAUAAUAUACUUGUGGACUAAAAGAUAUAAGUGCUGUAUAAAAUCAGCCAAUUAUGUUAAACUAGCAUAUCUGCCUUUAUUGUGUUUGUCAUUAGCCUGAGUAGAAAGGCCUUUAAAAUUUUUUUAGAAAGUAUUUGAAUGCAUUUUGUUUGGUAUUGUAUUUAUUCAAUAAAGUAUUUAAUUAGUGCUAAGUGUGAACUGGACCCUGUUGCUAAGCCCCAGCAAGCAAUCAUCCUAGGUAGGGUUUAAUCCCCAGUAAAAUUGCCAUAUUGCACAUGUCUUAAUGAAGUUUGAAUGUUAAAUAAAUUGUAUAUUCACUUUAAA